AUGGCGGCCGAGACACCGUCCAAAGUUUCAGAGAAGCAGGCUUUAGCUGACGCUGAAAGACUUGCGGGGGCGCCAAAGGCCAGCCCAAAGUGCAGUUCCAAAACCAGGACACCUGAGAAGACUCCACUCAAGCGCCCAGCAGCUCGCAGGGAUGAGAACCAACGUAAGACGGUCAAGCAAGCCAAGGCUCUGAAGCGUCCAGCUUCAAACAAUGACUCGACAGAGGUUGCAGGCCCUUCUGUGGAACCAAGCAAGGGUGACGAGGAAACGAAUAAAAGCACAAACAAGGCUAAGAAGAAGGACCAGGAGAAGGCACAGAAGCUUAAAAUCGAAGAGCCGCAGGAAGAGACACCUGACCCUGGUGUGGAAGCCAGCACCGAGACUGCGGACAAAGCCAAAGAAACUCGAGACUACGCUAAAGCCGGCUACUUUCACAGAAACUUUUCCAAGUUGCCGGAGGAGGUGCAGAAAGCUUUCCAAGGGAAAGAUUUGAACCGAGAGAAGAAGACUCAGUUGGUAAACCAAGCCGUACAGAAAGAUUCCAAAGGCUCCUACACCUUCAACUUGGAAUGUCAGGCUGUGAAAAUGCUGUCUACUUACACGGAGAAAACCAAAGGUUCCCAGAGGGCAGUCGGUAUGCCCAAGUCUUUGAUGAUUUCGAAGCUUGGUUCCGAACAAGCUUUGCAGAAGGCUAUGGCGGAUGGUGAAGGGUCUCAAACCACGCAAGCUGGCCGUGUCUUCUACGUCUUCAACACCAUCGAGUUGACAAGAAGCACAGAGGCUGCAAGCACCACUCAGGCUGAGAAAGGAACGGACGUUUCUGACGAUGCGUUCAAGUUUAUGAAUGCGUUUGUGAGCAAUUUCCGUCCGAGUCUCAGCCCCACGGUUGCAAGCCAUAUUACCAGCCCUACCCUGACGCUUUUUGGCGCCGAGACAAAGGCUCCGACCACUUUGGCCUUGACGAAUGAAUCGUUGGGCCGCGGUAUGGGUGCCUUACAUAUCGCCGAUCAACAAGUCUUGACUACUGCGGUGUUGACGAAGAUCGAUGAAGCUUUGACUUGGUGGACCAAAGCACGUGAGCAAGCUCGAAAGCAAUUCAGCCAAGGUCCCCAGGGGGACGCGCAGCGACAAUUGCGUCAACACUUGGUGCAGCUGACCGAUCGCUUGUUCAGCUUGCAGACCAAGUUGGAACACGUCAAGAUGGUUGGAACUGCGGACUUCAACGACGUCAAGGACAUGUUGACCAAGAUGGAGUCCGGUCUAGUCGAGGUUCAAGAAACCUUGCGGGCGCUUAGCGCUAUGGGGUAA